CUCUUUCCCGAAUAAUUUUCAAACCAACAUGUCGGCUAAAUAAGGACUGCGUUUUUAUCGCAAUAAACGAAAUUUCGCCGUACAGAAUGGCUGAAAACCCUCCGCAAACAUCUUCCAUGGCCGAAGAAGAAGAAUUUUUACCGGGGCAUCCUAACGUGGUCUCUUUUACCCAAAAUUGUUUCGGGAAGUUGGUGAAAGCCACGCAAAAGGCGCACGGUUUGCCCAAGCCGGGAGAUGAUUUUGAAUUUUAUAGCAGUUUUCCAGAUUUCCGCGAGUUCUGCAAAACGCAAGGUGGAAGGGUGUUGAAUAAUGUCGGGAAGUUGCUCAAGUUGGAGCAUGUUAGUUGUGGCUGGCCUUCAGAAACGGACUACGAACAUAGGUACGAUUCUAGGUGGAUUUGCUAAUCCGAUUUAAAUUUAAUCAUGUGUUCUUAAUCUUAUUGGAUGCUAAUCUAAUUUAAAUCCCAAUGUAAUCAGAAUGAUCUAAUCUGUAUGAUAGUAAUAUUAAAAUCCUAAUUUAAUUCAAGUCCUAAUUUAAUCCAAAUCUUAAUCUAAUCAAAAUCCUAACUUAAUCUGGAUCAUCUAUUAAUUUACGUCCUUUAUUGGAUCUAUUAAUUUACGUCCUUUAUUCCUUGCAGUAUGGACACAGACGACAUAUUCGAAUCUCUUGUCGAGGCGAAUGACAUUCUCCUUGAACGCAUCGACUCUUGCUUGGAUGAAGCCUCUGGUUUACGCAAAAACAGAAAACCAGUUCUGCCAAAAUCUAUGCAACAAAGCACACCUGUUGUCUCGAGCUGGAACAAGAGCGGCCAACAAACAAACGAGGACAAAGUACGCUUCCUGCAUGCAAAGAAUAUUUUACGACCGCAACUAAAAUUCAAAGAAAAGCCUGAAAACAAUAACGUGCCUUUUGUCCCGAUCAUAAAAGUAAAGCCAAAUGCACUGAAGCCUUUGGAAGAACAUGUCAGUUUGGAGGUUGUGGACGAUCCCGGUGUACCUUCGGCUUUGGCCAACUUUAUUCAUGAGCAGCGUAUAGGAGCAUCAAGUAACCAUAAUAUACAUCCAUACAAGUUUGAACUAGAUCAGUUUGAACCGUCUUCCGAGGACAUGAAAUCAGGAGAAGAAACAAUGUACAAGCCUCUAGAAGAAACAGAACUUAUCUUUGUUGAAACUAACAAGCAAUUGUCCCAGUUGCUAGAGGUUUUAAAGAACGUUGAGGUGUUUGCAGUUGAUUUAGAGCAUCAUUCGUUCAGGUCAUUUCUGGGUAUUGUCUGCCUCAUGCAGAUAUCCACUUGGGAGCAGGAUUAUUUAAUUGAUACCCUUGAAUUGCGUAGUCAAUUGCCGCAGCUCAAUGAAGUAUUCACAGACCCAAAGAUUUUGAAGGUAAUGUAUUUCCUGGAUUGGGGUUAGUAUGUAGUUAGAUAGAUAGUUCAGAUUAGAGUUCGGGAAACUGUAUCUGCAAUCCAUAUGAAGCUAUGCUGUUUUUUUGUCCAUAGGUCAUGCACGGAGCGGACAUGGACAUUGGCUGGCUUCAGCGAGACUUUGGGAUAUACGUCGUCAACAUGUUCGACACUGGUCAAGCCACUCGUGUACUUGAUUAUCCACGAUUUUCCCUUGCGUUCCUGCUGAAGAAAUUCUGUGAUGUCAUGGCAAAUAAGCAGUACCAGCUUGCUGAUUGGCGCAUCCGACCACUGCCCGCGGAGAUGGUGUUGUACGCCCGUGAGGAUACUCACUACUUACUGUACAUCUACGAACGACUUCGUAACGAGCUUGUUGCUAAGGGAAACGAGCAUAAUAAUCUCUUAGAAUCUGUUUAUGAACGAAGCAAGAAUAUCUGCUUGAAAGUUUAUGAAAAACCUAUGUUCACAAGCGAAUCACACUUGAAUUUAUAUAGAAGGCACAAGAAAGCCCUCAAUCCACAUCAGUUAGAGGCAUUCCGCUUGUUGUAUGCAUGGCGUGAUCAAAUAGCAAGGCUCGAAGACGAAAGCUAUGCUUAUGUCCUACCGAAUCACAUGUUGUUCGGGCUAGCCGAGGUGCUACCCAAAGAGCCACAAGGAGUCCUCGCAUGUUGUAACCCUGUGCCCAGCCUCGUUAGGCAGAAUAUUAACGAGAUACAUCGGCUGAUUGUACAAGCACGAGAAGUUGGACCAAAGUCCAAUAGUCCGGUAGUAAAUGUUCGGUCAGUGAGCACUCGGGAAUCGUCAAGUGAAAGUAUGAAAAUUGACGAGCCAAUAAUGAGGAAUACUAGACAAAAGCCUCAAGGUAGGGAGCAUUUAAUUUCUCAAAGAGAAUACAUAUUUCAUUUUUAAAAUGAAUUUUGGAAUAAGAAAAAGAGUACUACUGUACAGUCGUAUUUUUCGAUUUAUACUGACAAAUGGUUCUGACAACAAACUGUGCCUGAUAUCUUCAUACAAACUACAGCUAAUCGUAUAAUUCAGACCAAUAAUACUUAUUCAUUCUAUAUUUCUUUUUUCACAGAUGCAAACAUAAAACGUGAACCUUCAACCCCCUUCAAAGACCACCCCAUCACAGGCCCUACCCUAGAGCUAGCCCAACAACCAAUGGUUAGGUUAUUUAUCUACCAAGAAACCACCACACAACUCACCGAGGGUGAAACGAAGGCCAAACGUAUAGAGGACUCUUUUAAGAAUCCUUUUCAGAAAUUUUUACCUGCCAAGAAAUUUAGUGAAAUUUCCACUGACAUUUCUAAGAACAAAGAUGAAACGAAUAUUUCCGAAGUUGCAACGGAAGGCGAGACUAGUUCGAAGGUUUCCGAUGAUGACGUAGUUGAAGUAGCCCAUCGGUAUACGAAGGCGAGCGAACGCUAUACCAAAACUGUGGUCGACGGUAAUGCGAAUGGUUCUGCUAAACAGAGCAAAAAGCGAAAGCAAGAUAAUUCAGAUGCAAGCGGGGACGAAGAUGAAACUGAAGGCGCAUUAAGAGUCAAAAAGCACAAGAAAAAAGGGAAGAAAAAGCUCAACAAAGCAGAAACUAAUACACAAACUUCCAACGCUUCCCAAUUUGUACCAUUCGAUUAUAACAAUGCCAGUUUAGAUUUUGGCAAAGCGGAAAAUGGCGAAGCUGGGAAAGAGGGCGUUUUUAGUCCGUAUAAGAAGUUGAAUGAGAAAGGAAGGAAAUAUAAUUCCAAGGUGCACAUGAAGUCUGGAGAACGCUCGAUGACUUUUAACAAGAGAAAAUGAUUUAUUUUUAUAUUUGAGUGAUAGGAAUAUUAAAUAAUCGGUCUUUGUAAAAAUAUGAUUCCUAGAAAAAAUGUUUUGAUGUUUCCAAGAAAAAAUGCUAGAUGUUUCUAGAAAAAAUUUACCAGACAAUUCAGAGACAUUUUUUUUCGCCAGCGUGACUAUCAGUGGCUUAUAGUCUCGCAAACAAUGUUCUUUAAGUUUUCUGGAAAACAAACGCAAAACGAGCAGUCUGGAACUAUAAUUUAUUUGCGGUAAAACGUACAAAAAAUUAACUUAAAUUUACAUCAUUGUUUAUCAACGAGGCUACAAUGCUAAGUUACAUGUAACACGUGGUUUUCUAACAAAAACCAACCCAUGAAAAGGACAAUGAAAUUCGUGGUCGUGACCAGAGUCAAUCAAGAUACUAUCUGAAGAAUCUGGAAACUGCGUGAAACAAGAUGAAAAUGAAUUUUCGGCAUAACGAAGCAAUUAUCCAAUAGCCUCGCUGAAUCACUCAACGUAAUUAUUGAAAUAUUAUUAAGAAAAAUUUCAUUGUGCAUCGUGAAAUCGUGUCAAUAAAAAAUCGUAGCUCAUUUUAGACACUUUGAAUUCCUGAGUUCCUAGAUCACGUCUCGAUUGACUAUUUCCCGAGGUAUCAUAUGUACAAGUAAUGGCUUUCCAUGCUUCAUGGUGGCAACACUAACUACAAACCAAGGUAACAUUUACAGGCUACACAAUACCUAGAGCUGCUCCCGAUCGAUUAUGGUUUUUGGUGUUUUUUUGGCAAUCGAUUACUCUUAACGAUAAUCGAAUCAGCAAAACAGCCGUGCAUAGCACGACACCAGGGGCCGGUUGUUCAAAAGUGGAUUAGCGCUAAUCCUGGGUUAAAAUUUAACCUGCUGUUUUGGUUAAUGUAUUUCUGCACGUCUGUUUAUUUCAAAACUUCAGAGAAGUGAACUCGUGUCGAUCCAGACAAGAUCUCUGAAGAAAUGUUCCCAAAUUUAUGGAUAAGUUGUCAGGAAGUUUGCUUUGAAUUAAUCGAUCACGAUAAUGACCCGAUGGGAGCAGCUCUAUUCAGACAUUACCAAACUUCGUUUCCACAAAACGAGAUUACACAAAACGCGACUUGGUAUCAGUGCUAAGCGUAUCACGUAGCAAAUUCGUGUGAUUGAUCCAUAGAUCAGCGGAUUGAACAUAGCAAGGUCGAGGUUAGGAUUUUCACACUUGAAAACGGGUGCUGUAUACAUACUUACAAAAGAGACCUUACGAUUUACGACGGCAACGGCUACCAAUACAAUAAAUCAUUGAAAAGAAUUGAGUAAUUACAAUAUAUGAAUAAUUUAGUCAUUGUCGUCGCUCUGUUUUAUACAACGCCAAAUCACAGAUUUUCACGUCUUGAUAAAACGGCUGCAUUUCAAGCCGCAACAAGUGCAACUUCACACUGGGUUUAGCAGAACUCUUCCCAACCAUAAAACCCAUGUCUUCAACUUCUAAGACUGUAUUAAAUUCACAUGAUUGAUAAUAUACGACGAAUUAUCUUUACUACAAUUUAUUUGAAGGAGUUUGUUUUGGCCGUCGUCGUCGCGUUGCCGUCCUAUAAUCGUAAGGUCUCUAAAGUUGAUCGGUGACGUACGUGCAAUGGUGGUACAUACACAGUAUAUACCCUAUGUGUACACCCUAUUGUACAAGGUAAUCAAUACCAAGGUAAUCAAUAACCAAGGUAAUCAAUAACCAAGGUAAUCAAUAACCAAGGUAAUCAAUAACCAAGGUAAUCAAUACCAAGGUAUUCGAUAGUGAUCAACGCCUGAUCAAGAUCUUCACUGGCUAUGUAUAACAGAUACUGUGUUGCUCAGGGACUCGCAAGCAUCGGCAGUAACGUUAACACAUUUCCUCACAUCAAGCUUGUCCAACUUGGGUGCCUUCCUCAGAGCUUCCAAACAUGUCCCUGACACAUUGGAACAGCCAGCCAGAUUCAAUUCUUUGAUAGUCUUAUGCAAAGUCGAAUCGGUAUCUAGUAACCCAGCCAAACCUUGGUUAGUUAUAAGUAUAUUAUAACUUAGAUCCAAUCGAGUUAAACAGCCCAGAUAUCGCUUUAUACUUCGUAGGCCAACGUUGGUGAUCUCGCAUCCUGCGAGUCGGAGGUCGGUCAAAAAUCGGAGCCGACUUGUAUUCUCCCCAGGCCCUGGCGGUCGUUCCCGUCUUCCGUUCGUAGAGGGCUUUAACAAAUCUUCGAUGACUUGAUCCGUAAUCUUCUCCGACCAACUCAAAUCCAGGACUUUGAGCGGAGGACACGUGACUCGUGUGAAUGCGCUGACCGUUGCGAACGUGGUCGCACCCAAGAUGAUAUCACGUAACCUAGGCAACCGGCUUAGGAACCACGCCAGCUGCUGGUGGGUAAUGUUCGUAUGACUGAGAUCUAGGGUAAGCGGUUGUCUCCGAACGACGCCGUACAAAGCCGAAGCUGUGAUCGGUUUCCCAACUGAGAGUUUUAUACGAGUCCAAAAUCGUUUAUCCAUACACCACCUGUUCCACGUGCGAGACACGGCCAUGCACGUGGACAACUCAUGCUGAGUAAGAUACCCAAACACUUUUAGCCACGUGUCACGCUUCAUCACAUGCACACUUCCGCUUUCAAGUUCAAACGUCUCUGGCGGAGGAGAACUGGGCCGGGGGCGGAUGACGUAUGUCGCAGCGAUUUCCUGUGGAGGGAUGAAGGGUAUUAUUACCGGGGGAGAGGAUUGACGUCGUUUCUUGGCCAAGGUUGCCAGGGGGGCGCUGUCCUCGUCACUACUAGUAUCGCCACUGCUCUCCAUCUCUUCAUCCCCUUCGACAGAGGCUGUUGAUUCAUCACUGUCUCGCUAAAUAAUGGACAACUUGCAUGUUAGACUAAAUUUUAAUCUAAGUAAAGAGAAGGGAAUCAAACAC